AUGCGUCGACCGCGCGCCCGCUCGACGGACGCGGACGACGACGCGGACGACGACGACGCGGACGACGACGCGGACGCGCGCCGGCGUCGAGCGGGCGUCGAGCGGGACGCGACGACGUGCGCGCGCGCGCGUGCGACGUACGAAGCGACGGCCGCGGGGCUGCGUCGGCGCGCGCGGGCGUACGACAGAGCUCGCAGGGGCGGUGGGAUACCGUGGGCGGACGGGAGCGCGCCGGAGGUGGCGCUCGUGGAUGGACGAAGCGGCCUGGGUGGAUUAGUCCCGGGCGAACGCUUCUACGCCCCGCAUCUGGACGUGUGGGAGUUCACGCACGGACGAUCGCUCGAGGCGGCGAGUCAGGCGUUGAAUCCUGGGGUUUUCACGUACAUCUCGGCGGUGCUCGGUGAACAAUCGAGGGUGACGCUCUUGGCGUACGCGCUCGGACCCGACGGCGGCUUUGGUUUAGAGGGAUGGCGCCCGGGCGAAAAUCCGAGCGAGUGCUUUCGCGAUGGAAAAGUACGAGUGGGAGGAGAAGAAUUUGACUCUGGAUUGUGCAUCUUUUACGCCCUGGACUCUUCGAGCACGCGUCGGAGGAGUGGUGUCGGGACGCUCUGCCAGUGGAUAAAACGGAACCAGAUGGGACAACGUACGUUGGUGCGAGGCAAUAUUGAAGAUUUAGACGUACUCAUCGCGAAGCAGGAUCCUUCGCUGAUAGAGUUUCGCGCUUUGAGCGUGGUUUGGGUGGAAUUACCAGCGUUACCGCCUAAUCAGAGUUGUACGCACGAGUAG